AUGCCGGCCGGAGCCCUGGGCUGCCUUGUGCUCCUCUGCCUGCUCGAGGAGAGCGCCGGCAGCGUCCGCAGAUACUACAUCGCCGCGGCCGAGACCGCCUGGGACUACGUGCACGGCGAGCUGCUCCCCACGCUGCAGGCGCCCGCCGGGGAAUCGGGGCCCGCGGGCCCGCGGCGCCGCUCGCCCGCCGUGCCCCCGCGGUUCAGGAAGGCCGUGUUUGUGGAAUACCCUGACGCCUCCUUCAUGGAGCCCAGGCGCAAGCCAGCGUGGAUGGGUCUCCUGGGCCCCACCAUCCGCGCGGAGGUCUACGACACGGUGGUGAUCACUUUCAAGAACCUGGCCUCCCGCCCGUACAACCUCCACGCCGUCGGGGUGUCCUACUGGAAGGUGUCGGAGGGGGCAGGGUACGAGGAUGAGACCAGCCAGCUGGAGAAGGAAGGGGACAGGGUGGAUCCGGGCAAGACGCACACGUACAUCUGGGAAAUCCAGCAAAACCAGGGCCCCACGGAUGGUGACUCCCCAUGCCUGACCCACUCGUACUCCUCCAACACCGACAGCGUGAAGGACACCAACUCCGGUCUGAUCGGAGCCCUGCUCGUGUGCCGGCCUGGGACCCUGGCGAGUGACGGGACUCAGCAUGCACUGCAGGAGAUGGUGAUGCUCUUCGCGGUGUUCGAUGAAGGGAAAAGCUGGUACUCGGAGCCCAGCUCCUCAGGAGCAACCCGGCCGCUGGCACGCAACAGGACGGAGCUGCACACCAUCAACGGCUACAUUAACGGCUCCCUGCCUGGUCUCACGCUGUGCCUCAAGAAGCAGGUCUACUGGCAUGUGAUCGGGCUGGGCACUGGGCCAGAAGUGCACUCCAUCUUCCUUGAAGGCCACUCGUUCUUGGUGAGGAACCAUCGUCUCAGCAGCCUGGAGAUCUCCCCUGCCACCUAUCUCACAGCCCAGACCAUGCCAGGAACAACUGGCUGGUUUCGGAUGUUCUGCCAGAUACCAUCCCACCAGCAAGCUGGCAUGGAGGCCUUUGUGAAGGUGGAAGAAUGCCCAGAGGAGCGCCUGUUGAAGAUGGGGGAGUCAGACGACACGGAGGACAUGGAUUAUCCUGAAGAAGAUGAGGAAUUUUCUUAUCAUGUGAUCCAAGUACGCUCCUUUGCCAAGAAGGAUCCUGUGACCUGGACUCAUUACAUUGCAGCUGAGGAGAUGGACUGGGACUAUGCCCCGGUGAAGCCAGCGUCUCUUGACAGAAACACCACGAGCCUCUUCCUGGAGGCUGGCCCUCAGCGGAUUGGUUCCAAGUAUAAGAAAGUCAUGUUUGUGGAGUAUGAGGAUGCAACCUUCAAGCGGAAGAUGUCGGCCCAAUCGGACAAGGGAAUUCUGGGGCCUGUCCUUAAGGGAGAGGUUGGUGACCAGCUUAAGAUCGUGUUCAAGAACCUGGCAAGCCGGCCUUACAACAUCUACCCUCAUGGGCUCACCCACGUAGGGCCAUACCACGCCAUGAGGCCCUCUGAAGCUAGGGAUGUGAAGGACAUUCCUGUUCCCCCUGGCCAGUCGUUCACCUAUAGCUGGAGGGUCACGACUGAGGAUGGACCAACAAACGCAGAUCCUCGCUGCCUCACACGUUUCUACUACAGCUCCAUCAACCCGACCCGAGACACGGCCUCAGGCCUCAUUGGGCCCCUCUUGAUCUGCUUUAAGAAAUCCAUGGAUCAAAGGGGAAAUCAGAUCAUGUCAGAUGAGACAAGGUUGGUGCUGUUCUCGGUCUUUGAUGAGAAUCGCAGCUGGUACCUGUCGGAGAACAUCCAGCGGUUCUGCACAGACCCAGCCCACGUGGACACGCAGGACCCCCAGUUCUACGCCUCCAAUGUGAUGCACACUAUUAAUGGCUUUGUCUUUGACAAUCUCCAACUGAAUCUCUGCCUCAAUGAAGUUGUGUACUGGUACGUCCUAAGUGUCGGCGCCCAGACAGACUUCCUCUCUGUCUUCUUCACUGGGAACACAUUCAAACGCAACAUGGUCUUUGAGGAUGUGCUUACUCUUUUCCCAUUUUCUGGAGAAACGGUCUUCAUGAGUUUGGAAAAGCCAGGUGUGUGGAUGCUGGGCUGCCUGAACCCGGAUUUCAGAGACCGAGGGAUGCACGCCAAGUUUACAGUGACUCAGUGUCGGACUGAACAGUAUCCCGAUGGGGAGGAUUACCCGGAUUAUGAGGAAGAGGACACCAUCAUAUUACAACCCAGGGGCUUCUCUAAAAGAAAGAGGCAGCGCAGGCCAUGUGUGAAUAAACAACCAAACAACACUUCUUCAAGCAACGAGACAGAGAAGCCAAGACUGUGCUCUACAGAACCCAGCCACAGGGCCCUGAUGAGUGAUGGAAGUCAUUCUGAUCGCACUUCAAAUGGCACAUCAGUGUUUUCAGGAUCAGUCCCAGGUGAUAUCUCUAUGUCCUCUUUGCCAGAGGCAAGCUAUGACCCAGUGUCUUAUGAAUCCUUCCUGGAAGAUGAAGAAUUAUCAAAAGCCAUCAGCCAAGUUCAAGGAUUUGGGACUGUCCCACCUGGAGAAAGCUCAACGAGUGUCAGUGCUGCGAGCUCAGAAACAAGCCAGCAACGGCUGCACCAGGUCACAGCGGCUCCAGAAAAUGCUCUGGCAAGAGAGAAGGUGACAAAAAGCUCAGAAAUGCAGGAUCCAGCAAACGGGAUGAUGAUCCAGACUGCUAGUACAUUACAGGUCCUGGAAGUGGAGGCUCCACCAACUCUUCAGUCUGGAGAGCAGAAGACUUCAUACACUGUAAACUCAUCAGAAAUGAUUUCUGCUGCUGCUAGCAGAGCUCCUCUUGUAGGGAACAGGAGCUCCUUCCAUCCAAGUGACCUGGAGCACAAGCCAGCACUUCAAGGCAUGUCUUCACAGAGUGCUAAAGAUAGAUCACUGAAAGGGACGGAUAAAGUAUCCUCAAAUCUAUACAAAUCAAGGGAAACAAUCAAUAGAGAUCUGACCUUAAGCAUUGAUAGUAAUUCCUCUCUCACACUGGCUAAUCCUUCAGCAUCUUCAGGCAAAAGAGAAGACAGCAGGACUUCUCAGGCUGUAGUCCAGAGUCACACUGAAGGAAGCAAUCAUUCUUCAAAGGAGCUAGAUGCUAGGCUAGAAAAAAGACCUCCUGAAGUGGUUUCACACGGCUUAUCUCAAGCUUUUGAAGUGAUGAAUGAUUCUUUGUCAUCUAUGGGACCCAGCAAAUUUAUACAAGGUCAAAUCUUCUCGGAGGAGAGUAACUCCUUGCCUGCAAAAAGUGCUACAGAAAAAGAAGCCAGUAAAUCUGCCAAAAGCUCAAGCCCUCUGGAAGCUGCCUUUGUGCAAAGCAAUGACCUUGAGCCUUCUGGUCGUAUCGUGACAGAAGAGACAGAUGAAUUGAUUCUGGAUGCAGUUUUUCAAGAUGCUACAGCAGCCAAGGGGUUGCCAGAGAUGGACGGUCACGCCUUCCCCAAAUCAAACGUCACGUCCAUUGAGUCGGGGCACUCACAAAACGCUUUCUUGCAAAGCCGGGAAAGGUUUAAGCGCGGAGCUCCAGCACUGAGCGUGGGUGGCCCUGAUCGGAGGCACCGAGAGGCCAGGUCAGUGGAGAGCAAGGAGGAGCUUCCCGUCCCAGGGCCAGAGGUGGCAGGGUUGAUGCCUGCUCCAGAAGCUGGAUCACAUGGUAGCAGAGAAGGUGACAAAGUGGAACAGGGUCCAUCUGGGUGGUUGAACGCGGGCAGGGGUGCCCUGAGCAGCAACAAGGGGGCUCAGCCCCACACAAGCUCCUUCCCUGUGCUGGGAACACCAGUGAACAAGAGGGCAACUGCUGGCAGCAGCUCAGAAAUGAAGGCUAGAGACACAGCCUCAAACUGGGACCCAGCCCCUCCUGGGACGGCGGGACAUGUGGUGGGCAUGGAGAGCCACAUGUUAGCUGAGCGGCAGCGGGGCAGGGAUGAGGUCCAGAGGGCUCCUUGGAGGGAUCAGGCUCAAAACAGGAGCCUGAUGGAGGAGGAGACAAACUCCGUGGAGCAGCAGGGUCAGCAGAGAAGCUGGUUGAGCCCCCGGCCUGGGCUAGAUGAGGCCAGCGUGGAGCAGGGCUCUGUGCCUGGGAGCACAUCUGGCCAAAGCUCAGCAGAAAGCCCUAUGAACCUGACCUCCACCAAGAACCAUUCCCUGUCCCCAGCUGACCCCAGCCGCCUUGCUAAUAGGAAACCAUACAGCCCUCCCACACAAAGCAGUUCAGGUGCAUGGCAGGUGCUUGGAGAAGACAAUGCCCUUGGACAAGCUGGGAAGGGAAAGCGCCAAGGUCUGGAAGGCCCUGAGGAGGAUGGGGAGAGCAGCAGCGUGGCUGAGAAGAGGAGCCAGGCCCCAGAACACCUGGAGAACCCCACUCUAAACAACAGGACUGGUUCCAGCACCUCAAGGCCAAAGACUACCAAGUCAGACUACGACGACUACAGUGACAGCGAGCAGACCAUGGAGGACUUUGACAUCUAUGAGGAAGAGGAGCACGACCCACGUUCCUUCCAGGGAGAGAUCAGGCAGUAUUUCAUUGCAGCAGUCGAGGUGAUAUGGGAAUACGAGAAUCAGAAACCCCAGCACUUCCUGAAAGCCACGGAACCCUUGCGUGGCAGGAGGAAGCCUUUCCGGCAGUACCGCAAGGUGGUUUUCCGAGAGUACUUGGACAAUUCCUUCACCCAGCCGCUGAUGCGUGGGGAGCUGGAUGAGCAUCUGGGCAUCCUUGGGCCGUACAUCAGAGCAGAAGUUGAAGAUGUCAUCAUGGUUACGUUCAAGAACCUGGCAUCGCGGCCCUUCUCCUUCCACUCCACACUGCAGGCCUACGAGGAGACGCAGGGCGGCGUGCAGGGCCAGGAGGCCGUGCAGCCCGGCGAGCUCCGGCAGUAUUCCUGGAAGGUCCUGCCCCAGAUGGCCCCCACCACCCAGGAGUUCGACUGCAAGGCCUGGGCUUACUUCUCCAACAUGGACCUGGAGAAGGAUCUUCACUCCGGCCUCAUCGGGCCCCUGAUCAUCUGCCGCCGCGGGGUGCUGAACUUCUUGUUCAGACGACAACUGGCAGUGCAGGAGUUCUCGCUGCUCUUCACCAUCUUCGAUGAGACCAAGAGCUGGUACUUCCAGGAGAACAUGGAGAGGAACUGCCGCCCACCGUGUCGCGUCCAACAGGACAAUGUUGACUUCAGGAGAAACCAUUCCUUCCAUGCCAUCAACGGCUACGUGAGGGACUCGCUGCCCGGGCUGGUAAUGGCUCAGCAGCAGCGGGUCCGGUGGCACCUCCUGAACAUGGGCAGCACAGAGGACAUCCACUCCGUCCAUUUCCACGGGCAGCUCUUCAGCAUCAGGACCAACCAGGAGUAUCGCAUGGGAGUCUACAACCUCUAUCCUGGUGUCUUUGGGACAGUGGAGAUGUGGCCCACGCACGCCGGGAUCUGGCGGGUGGAAUGCAAAGUGGGAGAGCACCAGCAAGCCGGGAUGAGCGCCCUGUUCCUCGUGUACAACCCGAACUGCCGCGGUGCCCUCGGCCUGGCCUCUGGCCACAUUGCAGACUCGCAGGUGACGGCGUCGGGGCAGUACGGGCAGUGGGCCCCUCACUUGGCCAGGCUGGAUAACAGCGGCUCCAUCAACGCGUGGAGCACCGACCGCAGCAAUGCCUGGAUCCAGGUGGACCUUUUACAUCCCAUGAUCAUUCAUGGCAUAAAAACCCAAGGGGCCCGGCAAAGGUUCUCCAGUCUCUACGUCUCCCAGUUCGUUGUCUUCUACAGCCUUGAUGGGCAGAGGUGGAAGAGGUACAAGGGCAACACUACCAACACCCAGAUGCUCUUCUUCGCAAACGUGGAUGCUACUGGGGUGAAAGAAAAUCGCUUCAGCCCUCCCAUCAUCGCGCGGUACAUCCGCGUCAACCCCACUCACUACAACAUCCGGGCCACGCUGCGCAUGGAGCUCCUGGGCUGCGAUCUGAACAGCUGCUCCAUGCCCCUUGGGAUGGAGGACGGCAGGAUCCCUGACCAGCGCAUCUCAGCGUCUUCCUACAGCACCAGUGUCCUCUCCAGCUGGUCGCCCUCCCAGGCCCGCCUGAACCGCCAGGGCAGGACCAACGCCUGGAGGCCCAAGGCCAGCAGCCCUGAUGAGUGGCUGCAGGUGGACUUCGAAGCGACCAAGAAGGUGACGGCCAUCAUCACCCAGGGCGCCAGGGCUGUCUUCACCAACAUGUUCGUGAGGGAGUUCGCUGUCUCCAGCAGCCAGGACGGCGUGCGCUGGACCCCGCUCCUGCAGGACGGCAAAGAGAAGAUUUUCCAGGCAAACCGGGAUCACACGGGCACGGUGCUGAACGCCCUGGAGCCGCCGCUUUUCGCCCGCUACGUGCGGAUCCGGCCGCGGCGGUGGCACAACCACGUCGCCCUGCGGACAGAAUUCCUCGGCUGCGACACGCAGCAGGAGUACUGAGGCUGCGGGCACGGGCACCGCCAGCCUGAGGUGGCCUGUCCGGCUCUACACGGCGCUCUUGGGACCGGGACCACGGCCACAACAGCCCCGCAAGGACCCUGCACCGUG